AUGUCUUACGAUUGCGAUGGGAAUAAUGUAGUAGACCAAUUUUCGUCUAUGAGUAUCCACACACAACAAUCAAAUGAUGGUGGUUCAAAAAUCUAUGUACCUCCCCAUUUGAGAAAUCGCGGAGCAUCAAACGGCGUUGUUGAAUCCUCAAAUGAUUAUAGUCAGUUUUCACGCCCUUCUCGAGGCACGACUGGUGAUAAUUUUCGUGGACGUUCUAGUCGUGGUUUUUAUGGUAACAGAGGAUCGAAGAUAGGAAACGACUGGCAACAAUCAGACACACGGUGGCAAAGCUUCAAUGGAGGUUACCAGCCGCGGAAUAGCAAUUACUCCUCUGGCCCUAAUAUUCCUAGACGUACUUGGAGUUCACCCGGUGAGGAUUGGACUCAACAGUUACCUCGAAAUGAGCGCACAGAGCAGGAAUUGUUCAAAAAUGUGAGCGCAGGCAUAAAUUUUGACCAAUAUGACAACAUUCCUGUAACUGCAACGGGUCCAAAUUACAAUGAUAGUACAUCAACAAUAUCGUCAUUUACUGAGCUUUCAUUGCAUAAAAUAAUACGUGACAAUGUCGAUAUGGCCCAUUACGAACGGCCUACGCCAGUACAAAAACAUGCAAUACCAAUCAUUGCAUCAGGUCGAGAUCUGAUGGCCUGUGCCCAAACCGGCUCAGGAAAGACUGCAGCGUUCCUUAUUCCAAUUUUAAAUAAUAUGAUAAAUCAGGGUCCUGGUGACUCUAUAUGUGCUACUAUGGAUAACAAUCGGAGAAAGCACUUUCCGGUGGCACUAAUACUGGCUCCGACCCGGGAGUUAGCGUCACAAAUAUUUGAUGAUGCUAGAAGAUUUGCAUAUAGAUCCAACAUCAGACCAUGUGUUCUAUACGGUGGUGCUGAUAUGAGAACACAGUUGAUGGAGCUAUCUAAAGGGUGCAAUUUAUUAGUUGCUACUCCUGGUCGAUUAAGUGAUGUUUUAGAGCGGGGUCGCAUUGGUUUAGAUUAUUGUCGAUUUCUGGUUUUGGAUGAGGCUGAUCGUAUGUUGGACAUGGGAUUUGAACCACAAAUUCGUCGUAUUGUUGAGCAGGAUGCUCUCCCACCUGCUGGUGAGAGGCAAACACUUAUGUUUUCCGCAACUUUCCCUAAUGAAAUUCAGGCUUUAGCUAAAGAUUUUUUGCACAGCUAUAUUUUUUUGACGGUUGGACGCGUUGGAAGCACUAGUGAAAAUAUCACGCAAACUAUACUUUGGAUUGAGGAAAAUUCUAAACGAGAUGCUCUGAUUGAUCUACUUGCUAAUUCAGAUACAGGUACGCUGACAUUAGUUUUCGUCGAGACGAAACGUGGUGCAGAUGCUCUUGAGAAUUAUUUGUACUCUCAGAAGUUCCAAGUCGCAAGCAUACAUGGAGAUCGGACUCAAGAGGAUAGGGAAUUGGCCCUGUCUUGCUUCCGUACGGGUCGAACCCCAAUACUCGUAGCAACUGCAGUUGCAGCACGUGGACUGGAUAUUCCAAAUGUUAAGCAUGUCAUUAACUACGAUCUACCUUCAGAUAUCGAAGAGUAUGUGCAUCGUAUUGGUCGAACUGGUCGUGUUGGGAAUCUCGGACAAGCCACUUCAUUUUUUAAUGAUAAAAAUCGUAACUUAGCUCGUGGUUUGGUUGAGUUACUUGAAGAGGCCAAUCAGGCCGUUCCACCAUGGCUAAAGGCAUUCACAAACGACGGGAGGCCAACAGGUUUUCAGCGUCCUAAGAACAAUCGUCGGGGAGGUGGUUUCGGGGCUCGCGAUUAUCGACAAGUUCCAUCUCGUGGUGGUGGUAAUGGUUCUAAUCGUCCUUCAAUGACAUCAUCAAGGGACUAUGGAAUGCUACCAGACGGUGGCUACUAUGACUCUCAACCUAAAACAAUGUCCCAAAGUUCUGCAGACUGGUGGGGAAAUUAA